AGUUAAUGACAUAUAAAACGUUAGAUGUAAAAGUGUUAAUGAAACAUAAAACUUUAGGUUAGUUGUAAAAGCAGUAGCCAGAGCUAUUACGGCUCGACUACAAGAGUCCGCAAAAUAAACGCUUGGUUGUUGUACUAGUCUUGUACAUGUAGGCCAGCUGGGCUGCAGCUCGAACGUGUUCCAUCCCAUCGGAGGGAGGCCGGCCACCGGCAUCUGUUUGCAGCUCUGCGGGACCAUGAAUCAAGAUGAAGAGCCGAGGCCGAGUUGCAACUGCAAGAAGACCACCUGCCUCAAGCGCUACUGCCAGUGCUUCCAGGGUGAGUUUUUCUGCUCUUCCGCCUGCAACUGCAAGGGCUGCUGGAACAGGGAGGACAGGAGAACCUUCGUGGAGGAGCACGCCGAGUUGAGGCUCAACACGAAGCCCGGCGUGUUGUCGAAAGACAUCGCAGUGACGGGAGAGAAGAGGUCGCAUGUCAAGGGCUGCACCUGCAACAAGUCCGGAUGCAAGAAAAACUACUGCGAGUGCUUCAAGAAGAAAGUUGCGUGCACCACGAGAUGCAAGUGCCAAGGGUGUGAGAACAGUCACGGGACAGGAGGGAAAGGGCUUCAGGAGAACGGUGAUCCGGGCGGACCAUCUGGAAAUCCUAAUGAAGCGCCUGAUGGCGGUGAUGGAUCACCUGGCGUUUCUAAUGAAUCCGCGGUAGUGACAGACGAGGACUUGCCAGGUCCAACGGAAGCAGGUGUGGCGGAAAACGUUGCAGCCAUUGCCAACCCUAAGUUUUCUGGCACGAAUAUUCAUGAAGUGGGGUGGCAUUCACUUCCACCAGAAUGGUCUCUACAGGGUGUUCUGCUACAUGAUAACGCAAACUCCACAUUGCAGGGUCCCUAGCACCCCUGACUCAUGAAACACCAACAACGACAGCCAGAAGGGUUCCGAACUUCCGAUACAAGUUGAGAUUGAUAGAACUGAUCAACUUCAGAACAUAUGUAGUAUGUAUGAUUGGCACUAGAUAUCCACCCCUGCACAAGUUCUAGCUUUGAGGUUUGCUCCAUUUGGUGAUAUAGUGUAGUACUUAGCGAUAAAGUUUUCUUAAUUUGAUCUUUGCUCAGUGUAAUACUUGCACAUUGAAGCUUGGAUAUAUGCUAUGUGGUUUCAUUCUCAA